AUGGUUGCGGCGUGCGGGGGAUCUCUUCUUAGUUCGCAGACCGUUUUAACAGCAGCCCAUUGUCUGGACGAUGUCACGGAUAACAAAAGUAAAAUGGACGAUUUUAGCUUCACAAUAUUCAUGGGCCACUCCUUACACCGCAAAGCCUCCAUGGCGCGUAGAGUAAUAGACUAUAAUACCCCACGAGAAUACGACCCGGACAACCAAGACGUGAUAGCAGACAUAGGCGUCAUGUUCCUCUAUUCUCCGGUCAAAUUUGUGCCCAAUGUGAAGAAGGUUUUACUGUUUAAUAGGCGGUUCAGUGUAAAUAGGGAUAAGCGUUUGAUGGUGGCCGGUUGGGGUAAGACCGGUCCCAGUAUGUAUAGCCCAACAAGUCUCAAACUCAAGGCAGCAAAAGUGAAAGCUAUAGCCGCCAAAGAUUGCAAUCGCCAGAUCCCAUUUAUAAAUGUCAAUCUGGUGGUGUGUACAGCGCCAUCCGAGGAAUAUGCUUAUAGUGGAGACUCCGGCGGGCCACUUGUGAAACGGGCUAGCCACUACCAACUUGGCAUAGUGUCCUUUCGUCACGAGGACAGCGGGGUAACGGUGUUCACCAGCGUGGCCGAAUAUUUCGACUGGAUAAACGAAACGCAGCUCGCGCUUUACCAGAAACAUUGCAGAAAAUAA